UAGGGAUCAGUGAAAACUAUUAUUUUCCGUGCGAAUUUUGAUCUGAGUAUGUAUUUGAUGAUCAAUGUAAUAAAAAAAUAUCAUCUAGCAGAGCGUGGUUUCGAUCCACGGACCUCUGGGUUAUGGGCCCAGCACGCUUCCACUGCGCCACUCUGCUCUUGUGAAAGGCAUUCCGAUGUGAUACAUCAUAAUUCUCAAAUUUACUGCAGUAGUAUAAUGCUGCUAUAGACGAGUAAGAUUGUAAACAUAACCUCGACAGUUGCUGUGUUUCCUGAUCGGAGGCACCGACAUGUAAAUAGUGAAAUAAAAUAUUAUAAGAUAAAUUCAUUGAAAAUGUUUCGAACCAGAACGUUGGGUAUUGCAUUUUACCAAAAUACAUGUUCAACAAACGUAUUUGUGUGUUUGGCACGUCCAAGAGACAUGUAUAAGUUGAGAUCACCAGGUAUUGGCCUUAGCUUACCUGGAAUAGAUGCUGGGUUUUCUAACAAAAAGGACAGCUUAAUUACUAUUCGUGAUAGAGAACUAAGAUUUGAAUUAUCGAAUACCCUGAAAAGCAGAAAGUCCUCUCAAUGUCAAAACUGUAUGAACAUGAAAUACAAUGCCUUGUCCAGGACAUCAACGCUACUACAGAUGAAAAAUAACUAUACAAGAAAUUUGUGCACCAAACCUUUUGAGCCUAGAUAUUUUUCAAGUGCACCGACUGAGCAAUUACCUGCUUUAAAAGUAACUGGUAUUUGGAAACGUAUGUCAGAAAGUGACAGCGUUGAAUUUAUUCAAAAUACACUGACUAGCUUCCAGUCUACAACUGGUUUGCCGUGGUGGGCUGUCAUCAUUGUGACUACAUUGCUUGCCCGAAGCAUGCUGACAAUGCCAUUGUCUGUGUAUCAGCAUUACAUUAUAGCAAAAGUACAGAAUUUACAAUGGGAAAUGAAUGGAAUAGUAGAGAAAUUAAAACGAGAGGCUAAUAUUGCUGUGGCAUACCAUAAGUGGUCAGAGUUUAGGGCCAGAAUGGUUUAUAAUGAUGCUUUGAAAAAAGAAUGGAAUAAAUUAAUUAUACGUGAUAACUGUCAUCCUGCUAAAGGAUUCAUUGUGGUAUGGACGCAAAUACCAUUAUGGAUAUGCCUUUCUGUAGCCAUAAGAAAUUUAUGCAGUAUGUUACCUCCAGGCCGUAUGAAUGCUUACCAAAUUUAUCUUGAUUUGACUACUGGUGGAUUCGGAUGGGUAUUGAAUUUGGCUCAGCCAGACCCUCUCUAUAUCCUGCCUAUUUGUGUGGGAGUCUUUAAUUUAUUAAAUAUCGAAAUUAUGGCUCUGCUGAAAGUUCGGGAGGACACGAGCCUUCAAAAAUACUUGCUCUAUUUUUUCCGAUUUAUUGCAAUUGCGAUGAUACCAAUCUCGACUUUCGUACCAGCGGGUAUUACUUUAUAUUGGGCUAGCAGUAGCGCAUUCGGUCUUGGUCAAAAUCUACUAUUAUUGUCACCAAAAAUGCGAAGAUUAGUUGGAAUACCUAAAACACCAACAGAACGAGCUACUCCUUACAGUGAUUUGGUUGAAAAAAUAAAUACCAAGUUUUUCAAAUCUCCUGGUUAAAGUGAGAGUUUGGAAUGACUGUAAGUAUUAAUUUGACUGAAAUAUUGUACUAGAUGCACGUUUGAGAUCCAGAGAAUUGAGUAUUGAUGCAAUAUUAUAAUUUGGUAUCAAUACUAGAUCAACAUUUCGUCAAAUGAUGUAUGUGUCUAUUUAUUAUUUGAUAGAAUGUAUCUCAGACUUAUCAUGUAAAAUACGAUGAACUUGUACAUAUGUAAUAAAAUCGUUGCAAAAUAUUUAUGUAGAUAGAAGUACUCGUGUGCUCAUUACUUGAUGUCCUGAUACUCUUUUAGUGAAGAAAUGUUUAUUCGCUCAUUUGCUGAGGUACCAGUUCGUCCCAUAAAGAAUUUUUAAUCUGAAUACAGCUUAGCACUGUACAGUGGAACGGUAGCUUUGUAGUAUUUAUCUUUGCUAUUUGGCUGAACCCAUACGUAUUACACAAUUACUUCAAGAUGUCAGUGGUGUUGAUUUGAAUUCUAUGAUCAAAGGUGAACCCAGAGGAAAAUGAUAAACAUUUAUUUCUUGGAAGGAAGCGAUAUUGCGCAAUUAAUCUGUUGUGGUCUUUUCAGCUGUAAACCUUAAGUCAUCUUUGUUAAGGCACCUCAUUUGAAAGAAUGAGACCAGAAGAUAUUUGGCAUGGUAGAGAUUCCAUCAAUUAUUCUGUAAACACUUUCAAAUUGCAGUCUAAUUUGUUGACAAUUAGGGUCGGUUCCGUUUGCACCAUUUGACCCGCUACAUGUGGAAGUGUAUGAAUUCCAUGUAUACAUCAAUGUCAUUUGAUAGUAACAGUGUCAGCGUAACCUUUGAACUGCUCUGAAAGAUAACCCAUUGUAGAAAUUUACGUUGCAAACUUGAUUGAACGCAGUACUCUUAAGCAAUUAUAACAGAUGUGUUGGGACUUGCGGUACAAAAAGUUGUCUUAUGAGGCUAAGUCUUAUUAGUGACUGUUUUACUUCACUAAAAAAUGGUGAACAAAAUA